AUGGCUAAAACAAAAAUUACCCAAAAAUUAAGCAGUAACUACGGUUCAGAAAAACGAAUUUCCGUGAUUUCAAAGUCGGCUUCGGUUAAUAAUGGUGACCUUGAUCGUGAGAACCUAUCAAAAAUGAAGGCACAAACUGAAGCUGCUGCAGAUGUUUUCGAACAAGCAGCCACCGAUUGGAAAAAAGCAAAUAAAGAAAUACUCACAUUACAAACUAUGAUGUCUAAUGGAAAUCCCAUAUUUAAAAAACGUAUUCCAAUCCUAUCAGAAUCCGAAAGUAGUGAUUUUGAUGAGAUUGUUGACGAAAAUGAUGAAACCUUUUCAACUCCAUCCAAAUCAAAGAAUCGAGUAAACGAAAAAAAUAAAGGAAAGAUUACAAGCUUUGAUGAGAUGAAAUUCUUUUCACCUUCAAAUUAUGAUAUGAAUCAAAAAAGAAUCCGAGUAGAUAAUCUUUAUAAGAAAUCAAAAAAGCCAAAAUUUAGCGAUGUAAAGACAGUAAAACAGACCGUCGAGAAAUCAGAUCCAGAAAAACUCGAGUCAUUACCUGAACUUAAGAGCAAGAAAGUGCCAAAAAAUUCUUAUUUGUAUUUUGUAUCUCAACGAUUUGCAGACGUCAAAGCUGAGUUUCCAAACCUUCAAAUGACAGACAUUAACGGGAAAAUAGCUGAAAUGUGGAAAAAUUUACCCGCAAAAGAGAAAGAGAGCUUUCAAGCUGAGUUCCAUGCGCAGCAACAGAAAUACGGGAAUGGAAGAACACAUAUGUCCUCACCUGAAUCCUCCAAAUUAAUUUCUACACCUUUAAAGCCAUCGAGCGACUCGUCAAAUUUUUUUAAUAGAGAAUCUUCAAUGUCUACUUUCGAUAGUGUUACUAGUCAAAAUGACGAAGUUCCAUGGAUUUUGCCAAUCGUUGGUACACCCACAUCAUUUGGUUUGAGUCCAUAUCGUAAACGAAAAAUUCGAAAAAGCAGUUUCAGCGAUGAUUAUUAA